AUGGAUUCUGUACCACGGCUGACCAGCGUUUUGACUUUGCUGCUCUCUGGCUUCUGGCAUUUAGGAUUCACAGCGACAAAUUACAACUGUGAUGACCCUUUAGCAUCUCUGCUCUCACCGAUGGCUUUUUCCAGUUCCUCGGACCUCACUGGCACCCAUAGUCCAGCGCAGCUCAACUGGAGAGUUGGAACUGGUGGUUGGUCUCCAGCUGACUCUAAUGCCCAACAGUGGCUCCAGAUGGACCUGGGGAACCGAGUGGAGAUUACAGCAGUGGCCACGCAGGGAAGAUACGGAAGCUCCGACUGGGUGACGAGCUACAGCCUGAUGUUCAGUGACACGGGGCGCAACUGGAAGCAGUACAAGCAAGAAGACGGCAUCUGGACCUUUGCAGGAAACAUGAAUGCUGACAGUGUGGUGCACCACAAGCUCCUACACUCCGUGAGAGCCCGUUUCAUUCGCUUUGUGCCCUUGGAGUGGAAUCCAAGUGGGAAGAUUGGCAUGAGGGUUGAGGUCUACGGAUGUUCAUACAAAUCCGACGUUGCCGACUUUGAUGGAAGGAGCUCGCUUCUGUACAGGUUCAGUCAGAAACUGAUGAGCACUCUCAAAGAUGUCAUCUCCCUCAAGUUCAAGAGCAUGCAAGGAGAUGGGGUCCUUUUCCAUGGAGAGGGUCAACGUGGAGACCACAUCACCCUGGAGCUCUUGAAGGGAAGGCUCGCCCUGCAUCUCAACUUGGAUGACAGCAAGGCCCGGCUCAGCAGCAGCCCACCCUCAGCCACCCUGGGCAGCCUCCUGGAUGACCAGCACUGGCACUCAGUCCUGAUUGAGCGGGUGGGAAAGCAGGUGAAUUUCACGGUGGAUAAGCACACACAGCAUUUCCGGACCAAGGGAGCGACAGAUGCCUUAGACAUUGACUACGAGCUUAGUUUUGGAGGAAUUCCUGUACCAGGCAAACCUGGGACCUUCUUAAAGAAAAAUUUUCAUGGAUGUAUUGAAAACCUCUAUUACAAUGGAGUAAACAUAAUUGACCUGGCUAAGAGACGGAAGCAUCAGAUCUAUACUGUGGGCAAUGUCACUUUUUCCUGCUCCGAACCACAAAUUGUUCCCAUCACAUUUGUCAACUCCAGCAGCAGUUAUUUGUUGCUGCCUGGCACCCCCCAAAUUGAUGGGCUCUCAGUGAGUUUCCAGUUUCGAACGUGGAACGAGGACGGUGUGCUUCUGUCCACAGAGCUGUCUGAGGGCUCAGGGACCCUGCUGCUGAGCCUGGAGGGCGGGAUCCUGAGACUCCUGAUCCAGAAAAUGACCGAGCGCGUCACCGAAAUCCUCUCAGGCAGCAACUUGAAUGAUGGCUUGUGGCAUGCGGUCAGCAUCAGCGCCAGAAGGAACCGCAUCACUCUCACCCUGGAUAAUGAUGCAGCAUCCCCGGCUCAAGACACUACCCGGGUGCAGAUAUAUUCUGGAAGCAGCUACUACUUCGGAGGGUGCCCCGACAAUCUCACCGAUUCCCAAUGUUUCAAUCCCAUUAAGGCUUUCCAAGGCUGCAUGAGGCUCAUCUUUAUUGAUAACCAGCCCAAGGACCUCAUUUCAGUUCAGCAAGGUUCCCUGGGGAAUUUUAGUGAUUUACACAUUGAUCUGUGUAGCAUCAAAGACAGGUGUUUGCCAAACUACUGUGAACAUGGAGGGAGCUGCUCCCAGUCCUGGUCCACCUUCUAUUGCAACUGCAGUGACACAGGUUACACCGGUGCCACCUGCCAUAACUCCAUCUAUGAGCAGUCCUGCGAGGUGUACAGGCAUCAAGGGAACACAGCUGGAUUCUUCUACAUCGACUCAGAUGGCAGCGGGCCGCUGGCACCUCUCCGAGUGUACUGCAACAUUACUGAGGACAAGAUCUGGACGCUGGUGCAGCACAACAAUACAGAGCUGACCCGAGUGCGGGGCUCCAGUCCUGAGAAGCCCGAUACCACUACCUUGGACUACGGCGGCAGCAUGGACCAGCUGGAGGCCAUGAUCGAUGGCUCAGAGCACUGUGAGCAGGAGAUGGCCUAUCACUGCAGGAGGUCUCGCCUGCUCAACACACCAGAUGGAGCACCAUUCAUCUGGUGGGUCGGGCGGUCCAGUGAGAGGCACCCGUACUGGGGAGAUGCCCCUCCUGGGGUCCAGCAGUGUGCAUGUGGCCUGGAUGAGAGUUGCCUGGAUAUCCCACACUUUUGCAACUGUGACACAGACAAGGACGGAUGGACAAAUGACACUGGCUUUCUCUCCUUCAAAGACCACUUGCCUGUCACUCAGAUAGUCAUCACUGCUACCAACAGAUCAAACUCAGAAGCCGCUUGGAGGAUUGGCCCCUUGCGUUGCUAUGGUGACCGACACUUCUGGAAUGCCGUCUCAUUUUACACAGAAGCCUCUUACCUCCACUUCCCUACCUUCCAUGCGGAAUUCAGUGCUGACAUCUCCUUCUUUUUUAAAACCACGGCUUUAUCGGGAGUCUUCCUGGAAAAUCUUGGCAUUAAAGACUUUAUCCGACUUGAAUUAAGCUCUUCUUCUGAGAUCACCUUUGCCAUUGAUGUUGGGAAUGGCCCCAUUGAGCUCAUCGUCCAGUCUCCUUCUAUUCUGAACGACAACCAGUGGCACUACGUCCGGGCUGAGAGGAACCUCAAGGAGACCUCACUGCAGGUGGACAACCUCCCCAGGAGCUCCAGGGAGAACACAGAGGAGGGCCACUUCCGACUGCAGCUCAACAGCCAGUUGUUUGUAGGAGGAACAUCAUCAAGACAGAAAGGCUUCCUAGGAUGCAUCCGCUCCUUACACAUGAAUGGACAGAAGUUGGACCUGGAGGAGAGGGCAAAGGUCACAUCUGGAGUGAGGCCAGGCUGCCCCGGCCACUGCAGCAGCUAUGGCAGCAUCUGUCACAAUGGGGGCAAGUGUGUGGAGAAGCACAGUGGCUACCUGUGCGACUGCACCAACUCACCAUAUGAAGGGCCCUUUUGCAAAAAAGAGGUGUCUGCUGUUUUUGAGGCUGGGACAUCAGUUACUUACAUGCUCCAAGAACCUUACCCCGUGACCAAGAACUUCAGCCUCUCGUCAUCAGCUAUUUACACAGACACGAUGCCAUCCAAGGAGAACAUUGCACUUAGCUUCGUGACGGGUCGGGCACCCAGCCUCUUGCUCUUCGUGAAUUCUUCUUCUCAGGACUUCCUGGCUGUUGUGCUCUGCAAGAACGGAAGUUUACAGGUUCGCUAUCAGCUAAGCAAGGAAGAUACCCACGUAUUCACCAUUGACGUAGAAAACUUUGCUAACAGAAGGAUGCACCACUUGAAGAUAAACCGAGAAGGGAGAGAGCUUACCAUUCAGGUGGAUCAGCAACUUCGGAUCAGCUACAACUUCUCCCCAGAAGCCGAGCUCAGGACGGCAAGGUCCUUGACCCUGGGCAAAGUCACAGAGAGCCUUGGAUUGGAUUCUGAAGUUGCUAAGGCAAACACCAUGGGUUUUCUUGGAUGCCUAUCUUCUGUCCAGUAUAACAACAUAGCACCAUUGAAGGCAGCCUUGCGUCACUCCACCACUGCUCCUGUGACUGUCCAAGGAACAUUGGUAGAAUCCAGCUGUGGCUCCAUGGUGGAUUCAGAUGUCAAUGCAGUGACAACCGUGCAUUCUUCGUCCGAUCCCUUUGGGAAGGUGGAUGAGCGGGAACCACUUACCAAUGCAGUUCGAAGUGAUUCGGCAGUCAUUGGAGGAGUCAUAGCCGUUGUGAUAUUUGUCAUCUUCUGCAGCAUCGGCAUCAUGAGCCGCUUUCUGUAUCAGCACAAGCAGUCCCAUCGCACGAGCCAGAUGAAGGAGAAGGAAUACCCGGACAAUUUGGACAGCUCCUUCAGAAAUGAGAUUGACUUGCAGAAUACAGUGAGCGAGUGUAAACGAGAGUAUUUCAUCUGA